GCUUAGUAUAUUUGUCCUUGUCAAGUAGAUUUUGAACUCGUACAAAGCAUUCUCCAAGAGAGAUUUAUGGUGAAGGAAACUCACUGAAAAGCUCUCCCUUCUUCAGCUCCUUCUCUUCUUCAAUUCAGUCUCGGCUUUAUUGUUGCUUUCUUUCAUAUAUUUAGUCAGUUUCUUUAAUUUCAAGCUGUCGGCCAUGAAGAAGAAUUACUCCAUUUGGACAUUUGAAACGUUUCUUCGAUUUGUGUUUGUGGGCUUCUUUGUUUUGUGUAAAGGGCAGCAGGAGGAAGACACUUCAGCAGCUGCAAUGAAGAAAGAAGAGCAAGAAGCUCUGUAUUCUGCUAUUCAAGGCUUUGUGGGUGACUCCUGGAAUGGCUCCGAUCUCUAUCCAGACCCUUGUGGGUGGACCCCAAUACAGGGAGUGUCAUGUGAUCUUUACGAUGGAUUUUGGUAUGUCACUGCACUAAGCAUCGGACUGGUUUACGACAACUCUCUCCCGUGUACCGGAAGAGCAGAAUUCACACCUCACAUAUUCAUGCUUAAGCACCUAAGAGCACUCUCAUUCUUCAAUUGUUUCUUUUCACCCCACCAAAACCCAGCAAGAAUCCCCACCUCAAACUGGGAAAACUUCACACACAGCUUAGAAUCCUUGGAGUUUCGAUCAAACCCAGGUCUCAUUGGAACAAUUCCAAACAGCAUUGGCUACCUUAAAAACCUCCAAUCUUUAGUGAUGCUGGAAAAUGGAUUGACAGGUGAUCUGCCACCAGAAAUAGGCAAUUUAGUAAAACUGAGGCGGCUAGUUCUUGCCGGAAACGGGUUUGCGGGUCGGAUUCCAGAAACUUUGGGAGACUUGAUCGAGCUCUUUAUACUUGAUUUAAGCAGGAAUAAGCUAUCUGGGUCAUUGCCUCUGUUUUUUGGAAACUUGUCUUCACUUCUGAAGCUUGAUUUGAGUAACAAUAUGUUGAAAGGAGAGCUGCCAAUUGAGAUAGGAAGCCUAAGGAAUCUCACACUCUUGGAUCUUGGGAGCAACAAAUUUUCUGGUGGUCUGGCUCGGUCAAUUGUAGAAAUGAUUUCCUUGAAAGCGAUGGUGAUUUCCAACAACCCAAUAGGAGGUGAUCUCAAUGGAAUCCAGUGGGAAAAACUUGAGGAGUUGGAAUUUUUGGAUCUUUCUAAUAUGGGUUUGACAGGGAAGAUCCCGGAGUCCAUGACUGAGUUGAAAAGGCUGAGAUUUUUGGGGCUUAACAACAACAAUCUAUCGGGAAAGUUGUCUCCAAGGCUGGCAUCUUUGCCUUGUAUUACUUCUCUUUACGUUUAUGGAAACAAUUUGACAGGGGAACUUGAAUUCUCAGAAUGGUUUUAUAGGAAAAUGGGAAAGCGUUUUGGAGCCUGGGACAAUCCGAAUAUGUGUCACCAGGCAAAAUUAACGUCGGGAAAAGGGAAUUUUCUGUAUGGGGUAAAACCAUGUAAGCAAGAAACUAGUAUUUCUGAUGGUUUUCCAAAUGCCAAGAUGAGUGAGGGAAAUUGGAAUCAGAAUUCCCCUUUGGUGGCGUCUUUGGGAGGCUCAAGCUGUGGGUUUGAUGGGCUCUGGUGGGGGCUUUUAUUGUACACGGGAUUGUUUUCUAUGCUUCUCGAUCUGAUAUAAGAUUAAUUGUCUACUGUCUUGAGUAAGAAAAAAGGUUCUUUAAAUGUCAA